AUGGAAGAGUUGAACUUUGACGUUAAUGCUCUUGCGAAUGAACUAGGUGGGUAUUUAGAAAAGCUAACUAAUGAGCAAAAAUUUGCAUACGAUCAAAUAAUUGGUGCUGUUAGCGGUAAUAUGGGAGAAUUUUUCUUAUACAGUCAAGGUGGUUGUAGAAAAACAUUCUUAUGGUCAACUAUAUCAUGCUCAAUUAGGUCUAAAGGAGAUAUCAUUUUAAAUGUUGUUUCGAGUGAAAUUGCUGCACUUUUGUUGCCUAAUGGAAGAACUGCACAUUCAAGGUUUAAAAUUUCUUUGACCAUAAAUGAAGAUUCUUUGUGUAGCAUUAAGCAGGGAAGUCCUCUUGCAAGAUUAAGAUCGAAGGCCAAAUUAAUCAUAUGGGAUGAAGCUCCAAUGAUAAGUAAGUAUUGUUAUGAAACUUUAGACAAAUGCCUCAGAGACAUCUUAAGGUGCUCAGAUUCGUAUAAUGCUCAUUUACCAUUUGGAGGUAAAGUUGUUGUUUUCGGAAGAGAUUUUAGACAAAUUUUAUCUGUGAUUUCCAGAGGCUCAAGACAAGAUAUAAUUCAGUCUUCUAUUAAUUCUUCAUAUUUGUGGCAUAACUGUAAGGUUUUAAAGCUUACAAAAAAUAUGAGAUUGUCACUAGGUGAAAACAACAACAUACAAGAACUCAGAAAUUUUGCAAAAUGA